CGGUGAAAAUGGCCGAUACGGAGAUGGAGGUUGACGGGAAAAGCUUGGACAGUGGGAAAGAACGAGAGGCAGAAGAUGCAGAGAGCUCAGAGAAGAGCGGGAACGAGGAGGAGAACGGGGACAUUUCCGGAGAGGAGGAGGAGGACGACGAAGACGACGAAGGGGCCGCGAAGCCCGAGGGCGAUACCAAGCGCAGCAGCGGCAACGGCAAACACAAGAAGAAGAAACACAAGCACCGCAGCAAACACAAGAAACACAAGCACUCGUCCCCCGACGAGAAGGAGCGGCGGCACAAGCACCGGCACAAGCACAAGAAACACAAGCGCAAGGAGAGCACCUCCUCGGCCGCCAUCGCCGCCAACAGCUCCGCCGCAGGCAAGGACGGCGCGUCGCCCUCGGCCAAGAGGCCCAAGCUCGACGACAUGGCCGUGCUGGAGGACCUGGAGAAGCAGCGGGCGCUGAUCAAGGCCGAGCUGGACAACGAGCUGAUGGAGGGCAAGGUGCAGUCAGGCAUGGGUCUCAUCCUGCAGGGCUACAACUCGGGCUCGGAGGAGGAGGGCGAGAUCCAGGACAGGGCGCGGAACGGGGAGCAGCAGAGAGGGGCGGUGGGGAAGACCCUCACCCCCAAGGGGCAGGGGAGCGCGCCGGCCGGCAAGGAGGCCAAAGCCAGGCGGGAGUCCACCGACGGCAGGAAGGAAGGGUCCAAGCGCCGCAGCCGGAGCAAGUCCAAGGACCGAGGUGGGAAGUCGCAGAAGUCUGAGAAGAAGAGGAGCCGGAGCGAUGCGGAGGCGGGAGCCAAGGAGAGGGCGAAAGGCCGGAGCCGGUCCAAAGAGAGGAGGCGGUCCCGGAGCCCGGACCGGUCCAGAGACAGGGCCAGGAAAUCCAAAUCCCCCCCCGGCAGGAGGCGCUCAUCUGCCGAAAGGAACCGCCGCUCGCUGUCUCCGUCGGGCGAGGCUGAGCAGAGGGGCCGGGCCGGCAAGAGGGCGACGCCCCCGGCGGUGGCGGCGCAGGCCGGAGAGAGCCGCAACCGCGAGCGCAGCGGCCGCAAGUCCAAAUCCCCUGAGAGGAGGAGCCGGUCGCGGGACCGCCGGUCGCGGUCCAAGGACAGGAGGGCCAAGCGGCCAGAGGCAGAGCGGGAAAAAGACAGGGAGCGGGAAAAGGACAGGGACAGAGACCGGGAUAGGGACAGGGACAAGAAGCCGGCCAAAUCGCCCUCCAAGGACACGUCGUCGGGUAAGGAGAACCGCUCCCCGAGCCGCAAGCGCGGCCCCAGCCCCCAGCAGAGGCGCAGCUCCUCGCCCCGACGGCGGGACCGCCGCUCCCCACCGCCCUCGUCCAACGCCCAGUCCGCCGACCGGCGGUCCAAGCAGAGCCGCUCCCCGUCCCGAAACCGGUCUCCCGCCAGAAGGGGGCGCAGCCGCUCCGCGGAGCGCAGGCGGCGGGAGGCAGAGCGUCAGCGACUCUCGCCUGUCAGGAUGCGCUCACGGGACGACGUGGGGGCGCGGAGGGACUCGAGUCCGAUUCGGAGGAGGGUCAGCCGCUCGCCCCUCAGACGCAGGUCCCGGUCCCCGCGGAGGCGCAGCCGGUCACCGCUCCGACGGAGGUCCCCGGACCGGGACAGGCUGGCCCGCCGGCAGCGCCGGCGCUCGGGCUCGCGGGAGCGGCGGAGGAGGCGCAGCAGAGACAAGGAGGACAAGUUCAAGGGCAGCCUGUCGGAGGGCAUGAAGGCCGACCAGGAGGAGUCCGACGACGAAGUGCUGGAGGACUUCGACAUUGACGAAGAGGACGAGGAGGCCCUUAUCGAGCAGAGACGCCUUCAGCGGCUGGCCAUCGUGCAGAAGUACAAGGCGGUGAACGAGGACAGCAACAUUUCGAUGCCCUCGGAGCCGAGCAGCCCGCAGAGCACCCCCCGCAGCCGCUCCCCCUCCCCCGACGACAUCCUGGAGCGCGCCGCCGCCGACGUCAAGGAGUACGAGCUGGAGAACGUGGACACCUUCGAGGCCAACGUCAAGGCCAAACACAACCUCAUCGCCUUGGAGAAGGACGGAUCUAAUCCAAAGAAGCCAUCCGCACCUGAUAUGUUUACAGAAUCGGACGACAUGUUCGCUGCUUACUUUGAUAGCGCGAGGCUGCGAGCCGCAGGCAUAGGGAAGGACUUUAAGGAGAACCCCAAUCUCAGGGACAACUGGACCGACGCGGAAGGCUAUUACCGAGUGAAUAUCGGGGAGAUGUUGGACAAGCGGUACGGAGUGUAUGGCUACACGGGGCAGGGCGUGUUCAGCAACGUGAUACGAGCCAGGGACAUGGCCCGCGCCAGCCAGGAGGUAGCGGUAAAGAUCAUCCGCAACAAUGAGCUCAUGCAGAAGACCGGACUGAAGGAGCUGGAGUUCCUGAAGAAGCUCAACGACGCCGACCCCGACGACAAGUUCCACUGCCUGCGGCUCUUCAGGCACUUCUACCACAAACAGCACCUCUGCCUGGUGUUCGAGCCUCUAAGCAUGAACCUGCGGGAGGUGCUGAAGAAGUACGGUAAGGACGUGGGCCUGCACAUCAAGGCGGUGCGCUCCUACAGCCAGCAGCUCUUCCUGGCCCUCAAGCUGCUCAAACGCUGCAACAUCCUGCACGCCGACAUCAAGCCGGACAACAUCCUGGUGAACGAGUCCAAAACCAUCCUCAAGCUCUGCGAUUUCGGAUCGGCGUCUCACGUAGCGGACAACGACAUCACCCCAUACCUGGUCAGCAGGUUCUACAGAGCGCCCGAAAUCAUCAUCGGGAAGCCCUACGACUACGGCAUCGACAUGUGGUCAGUGGGCUGCACGCUUUACGAGCUGUACACGGGGAAGAUCCUCUUCCCCGGCAAGACCAACAACCACAUGCUGAAGCUCGCCAUGGACCUCAAGGGCAAGAUGCCCAACAAGAUGAUCCGAAAGGGCCUGUUCAAGGACCAGCACUUCGAUCAGAACUUGAACUUCUUGUACAUUGAAGUAGAUAAAGUGACUGAAAGGGAAAAAGUGACGGUGAUGAGCACCAUCAACCCAACCAAGGACCUGCUCACAGACAUGAUCGGCUGCCAGCGCCUCCCAGAGGACCAGCGCAAGAAGGUGGUCCAGCUCAAAGACCUGCUGGACCAGAUCCUCAUGCUGGACCCAGCCAAAAGGAUCAGCAUCAACCAGGCCUUGCAGCACCCCUACAUCCAAGAGAAGAUCUGACCAGCCCUCCCACUGCUUCUACAACCACUGCUACUAAGUACUAUGGGUCUGGCAGGAAAAAAAAACCUUAUUUAGUAACUGCAGAGACUUUGAUUCAACAUUACCUAGCAAAAGAAACAUUUUUUAAAAAAGUAAUGUUAUGUUUUUUUUUUUUGUUUUUACUAUCAUUUCAAAGCACAUAUACACCUGUCUUUUUUUUAUGACUUAAUUACACAAUCAGAGUAGGGGUCCAAGAAAUUCAUGUACAUUUUUCCCCUUUUUCGGACGACUUUAAGGACACCCACAAAUUGAAACAGGUCUGACGUCAGCCUGGCUUCGAUGGGCAGGUUUGGCUUUUGCGUUUAAAAGCCAUCCAAAUAAAUUUUUAGAAGUGGAAAAUAUUCCCUUUAUCGUGCUAGGUGACAUUUUUUUAUUUUUUAUUCUGAUUUAUGAAGCACUCAUUUUUGAGCGCUCGGAAGAGACUGGUGUCAGAUGAUAUAAAUGCAUAUACUUUCGUUUUUGUAGUUCAGGUUCAGAUUGUAGGGAAGGUUUAUUGUCAUUCAAAGCUUGCCAAGGCUGCACAGAGCAGGGCAAAACAAGAGGUUCUGAUGAUUGUACGCAUCUUUUACUCUUUUUUUUUUUUUUUCUUUUUCUUUUUCGUUACUGUUGGUUUUUUCAGUUUGCAGACCACACAUUGACCUCUGCACAGGUGUAUAUGUACGGUGUCUCUUGCUGACUUGGCAGCUGUUGCUGUGUGUGGCCCAGGCCAGCGUAAAUGCUGUCUAUAUCCGCAUCUCCCCCAGGUGUGAGUGCGCAGGCCCGGCCGCAUGUCCGUGGUGCAGGUCUGCGCCAGAGGGGGUCUUGUGUCCAACUAGAGCCCGCCUGCGGGGACGGCCUGCCUCCUCUGUUAAAGCAGGUUGUGUACCACUUUCAGUACACUGAAGGUAAGCUCCCCAAAACCCAUCAACUUCACUGGUGAUCUCGCACAUUCCAGCACACUGGCAAAAGCACUCGUACUCCCAACCCUGGUCCCGGCUUCUUGGGCUUUUUAUUUUUUUUUUUUUUUAUUUUCAAUUAUUUUUUUUUUGUUCUAUAUUUGCUCCUCUUGCAUGUGUAAAACAGACACACACAAAAUGAAGUCUCCCUCAUUUAUAAAUCCCAUGUGCUGAUGGUUUGUUUUCAAUUUGUGCUUUAUAGAUCCUGUCAAUUAUAUUCUGUAAGUAAAACGAUCACAAGUCUUUAAAAAAAAAAAAAGUAUUUAAAUAAACCAGCAAACCAUUUAAGUGUGCAGACUCGGGGGGAGGUUGGAGGGAAUCAGGGAAGCUCUGAUGGUUGAAGGCACCUUCAGUGUACUGCUUCUUUUAUUAAUAAAAUCUCAUGAAACUUUGCAGAACUGUUUUGCAACUUGGUAAAUUGUAGUCUAUGCCAUUUUCCCCCUUCCCCCUCUUCUCUCUUAAGUGAUCUCAGAAACUGCAUGUAAGGGCGUAAGAAGGCAGCCGACCGCGUGUCCUGUGUAACAUUCUUUUAGUGUGCGCUUUUUUUGGUAAAAAAAAAAAAAAAACGCCAUUUAAACUUUUCUGGUUUUGUCCCAUAUGAUUUUCAUGUUUGUGAUCAUGUUGUCUUUUGAUACAGGGAUAUUCCUGCUCUGAUCUUUGCUUCUGCUUGUUACAAGCGGUAAUUGCUUCUUUACUAUUUCCCUUGUAUUGUACUGUCGAACCAUCUCUGGGCAUUCUAGGACAAAAAAAAAAGAAACAGAGCAAAACCAAAAGUGUAGUUUAUGCAGUAUUUUCUUUGUAUCUUUGUCUUUUUCCUUCUUGUCAUCUCAGAAGUCUUCCCUGCAUGUUGACUGGACGGUGCAUAAAUAUUGUAAAUUCACAGUAUGCCUCCAAAAGAGCGUAAAAAUAAAGUUUUUGUGGAAAAAACGGACUAAACAUGGUUGCAGACCCUCAGAAAUUUCUGUGGUCUUUUUUUGUGCACUAACGUUUUUUUUUUUUCUCUUUCUGAAAAAUUUAACCUCAUACACAUGUAGACUUCUGAACUCCAUUUAGAGCCUAAUCCAAGUAGUAAUAAACAAAAAACUUUGCAAAAUGUCGUAUAUGUACUCCUCCAGUGCCUCUUUCAGCUUUUGUGUGUGCACAUUAGGCUGAGGUGUUAUUAAUGGCAGGAGAAAAUGGAUCCCAUGUGUGCUCCGCCUGACACUAAUUGCUGUUUGUGAUGUUUUUCCCACUCUUCCCCGUGGUCGCUGAGAGAGGCAGAAGGCAAGUUAAGCCUCCGGGCCAGGAGGCUCUGUCCGCGGUCCACUUCUGCCUGGUUCUGCUUUGAAAGACAAGACCUCCAGCUACUUCACAAGGUCAUUUCUGAUGGCAUGUGUAGAUCAAAGAUCAAAUGCGAGAUACACAUACACAGAUGCAGCUGAAAGUAAUUCAGAAUGCUCUCCAUAGGUCCUCUCCUAGUCAUGACGUUAAACUGUCUCACUACCACUCGUGGCCAAAUGUACACACGGUCUCUAUGCAAAGGGAGUACAUUUUGUUCUGUCAGCUGCCGAAGUAGUAUUUCGGACGCUGCUGGGUCCUGUCACUAGUUUUUCACAGAUUUUUUUUUUUGCCUGGUGGUACAUUCGGCCAACGAGACUGGGUUCAACUAAUAUGUGACGAUCACACAAAACUGCAUUUUUCAAAAAAGGUUGUCUUGGUUGGUUGGUUUUUGUCUCGGCAGAAGUGCUAAAGGUACAUGUUUCUGUAAUGUUUCUGGCAUAGGUAACUGCCUCUUUGUCCUGGUUUGAGCACAAAGGGUACUCUUAUCUCUUCAAGUCCCAUAUGGUGAACAUAAAGGUUAAGUACGUAACCUGUCGUGCACUUUGUGCCCUCGAUGGUGCUCUGGUCCAUAUGUUUGGGGCCCCUCUUGACAUUGUAUUUGAUGUAUGUAUUCAAGGUGAAGAAUGUUUAAAGUACCUGGCCAUACAAAGCAGACCAGUACCAAAGUACUCAUUUUCCCUCAAGCAUCACGGUGCACUAGACCCAUGUAUUUUUUUUUGUUCAGUUAUGGUUGUUAGGCGAAUGCGUCCAGAUGCUCCUUUAUGUGUUUUCUGUAUUCUAGGUGCAGUCCCUUAGAAGAUCCUCACAGGGCACCACAUCUGGACAAAGGUUUCUGUUCUAGAGCGUUCUGUUGAGCCUGUUGAGUGUGGAAGAUGUCGUAGCUUGAUUUUCUUUCAUCUUUGUUCUGUGAACAUGGUAGAGCCUAGCCCCUGCAGUUAUCUUGCCAAAAUGAGUUUACAAUCAGUCGAUGGCGUAUUGUGCAAUGAGUGUUAAAUACUACCCCAGUUGAAAGUUUUUUGUUACAUGUUAAAAUCCAGAUAUGUAACUAUGUUUCAGAAACUAACACAAUUCAUACAGUUUAUGGAACAAUUGUAAACAUGUGAGUUGUAAAUUGGCAUCUAUGCCAAACCGACCACGAACAAUAAGGUAAUACUUUCUUUUUUGUCAAUUAUAUCCAAGUUAUUUUUUGAUCUCCUCCUUGACCAAAGGUUUUUGUUGUCUGUUUUUGUCUUGCAGGGUAAGGUGCAAUUUUACUGACUCCCUUUGAAAGUAUCAAAGACAAGACUCCAGCAGUUUGGAUAAUGAGAGGGGCACCCACUGAACCAUUCAGCCUGAACAUAUACACUGCAUUUUUUAGUAUUGCAUGUCAUUUAAUAACUGUUGUUCGAGAAAUCAUGCGUUCCCUUAUAACCCAACAUUGAAACGUAUACAUGUUUGUGGAGCAGGGGAAAUAGAGCAGUCUUUAUUUUAAACAGAAAUAUGAAAUGUUUGUACAGAAGUAAAAACUGCAAGAAAAGAAUCACUUGAUAGCCAUGUUUCCACAAUAAAUUUUUUUCUUGAAAGCA